CGUUUCGAGAACAACAGCCGCUAAGCUCGUGUAUGGGGCAUCCUGUUUGUGUUCUCUUACCUAUAUAAUAGGCCUCUGCUAGGGCGCGCAGAACUUGUAUAUCCCUCCUUCUCUCUUGGUCUCUCGCCAAUAGUCUACGACAUGGCCACAGAUCUCUACGACGUGCUCGAGCUGGACAAGAAUGCGACGACUGACCAGAUUCGCAAGGCGUACAAACGUCGGGCAUUGCAGACUCAUCCAGAUCGCCAGCCAGCAGACAUGACUGAGGUGGAUAAAGAGGCAGCUAACGAGAAAUUUCGCAAGGUGAACAAUGCCUACGAGGUCCUCAGCGACCCAGAGAAGCGCCAGCAAUACGACGCUGCUGGCGUUUGGCCCCCACCGACCUCGUCUCGACCUAAUGCUCCAGACUUCCCAUCCGACUUCUUCGACUCUCCAUUCACUCGAGGCGGUCGCGGCAGCCGACAACGUGCCAAUGACCCCUUCAAUGAUCCAUUUUUCGGCACUGGCUUCCCCUCAUUCCCGUCUAUGUUUGGUGGCCCGCCGCCUCAGCGUCACCGUUCCCGCCCACACCAAUAUAAUCAAUCUUCCUAUGGAUUCACGGAUCCUUUCCAACUAUUCAAUCAGAUGUUCGGUGACCUCCAUGAUAUCAACCAAGGGAGAGGGUUCGGAAAUAGCUAUCGCGACCCGUUCCUCGACGACGACGAUGAUGAAGUAUUCGGGUCUGGCAGGAGACGCGGUGGCGUUAACGGGGGUCCAGGCAUGGGAGCGUUUGGAUCAUUUGGGUUCGGAAGUCCGAUGAUGAAUAUGAUGCUCGGAGGUGGCGCCGGUGGCAGAGGCUUCAGCACUCAGUCGAUGAGUUCGAGUUCUACCGGUGGUUUCGGCAACGGAAAUGGCGGAAGAUGGGUGUCUGAGAGUCGAAUGACUAGAACGAUCAACGGUGUGACAGAAUCGAUCGUGAAGAGGAAGGAUUCGCAAGGCAACGAGCAUGUCACGCACACCUACCCCGAUGGCCGCGAACGCCACACCCUCAACGGCAUCGAACAAGAUUCUUCCACACCCAGAAAUGAUCGCUACAUCCAACAACCACCACCUCACAACGUAACUCAACCGGGCUCCCGCCAUGGAAGCCACAGCGGCCAUCGCUUCUCCUACGACAAUGAAGACGACACGCCCGUGAUUCCUCGGGACCCGCGCCACAGUCAUCGCUCCAGUCAAGAAGCCCGCCCUCACUCUCACCACUCUCACCACUCCCAUCACUCUGGCAGAGACGAACGCUCUCGGUCUUCCCGUGGCUCCGCGCACAACCGGAGUAUUCACGACGACAGCAGUUCAGACGAUGAUCCAGUUGUUCCCGGGGCCUUCCAGGACCGGAAUGCUCCUCGUCAUCACGAAGACCAUCGUCACUCUAGGAACCCGCUCCAUUUCUUGCAUCGUCACCGUGAUAAGGACCACCAUCAGCAUCAACGUGACAGCAGAGUGGACGACGGGCCGCGCAUUACUGAUACACCUGUGGUGGUGGUCCCAGAUGAACUGCCGGCGACCAGGUCGGGGAGGCAUGAGGUCUCUCCGCCCCCUUCGUACCACGAGGUUCCGUCUCGUAAGUCCAUCGGUGAGCGUGUCAAGGAGAAAUUAUGGCACUGAGUCUCAUGUUCCGUGUAUGUAGCUACGGAAAGAAGAAGAGAGAAGAGAACGCGAAGGGAAUAUUGAUCCUCAAGUUGCGGUGGGCUUGUAGGAUAAUACAGUAGGACGGUGUGUCGGGCAUCUGUAUCGUGUUGUGCCCGAUGUGUUCUAUUAGAGGAUAGGUCUGGGCUUCGUCUGCAGCUGCCUGUGAGCUGUGAGUCGUCAGUUGUAUCAUGCCGGUUGUAUUAGUUGAUUGCUUUGAUAUCGCUCUGAUGUAAUCGGUUAAUCAGUGACUCUUAGGUAUCUUCUUUUGCUUUUGUACUCACCUUGAUAGUCUCCUAUUGUAGUAUUGUUUAUCGCCACUUGGUUGGCAUCCAUGUAGUACACUUUUCGAUUCUCCAUACAUCGAACCGUAUCGUCGCUGCG